GAUCCAUUAUUUCUACAAUUGUUUUCACGACGUGAUUUUCGCUAGAACGCCUUCAGUCAGCGCACGAAUGAUUGUCAGGGUACCACUGCUGUCAGCCGUUUUGGUUUUCAUGGCCGUCUGUUUAGUCCUGACGGCCAAACAAGACGUCCAAGUGGCCCAUCUUUUAACUGGUUAUCAUCCGUUGAGUCGGUUAGGCAUCUUACAGCAAGGCCCUAGUCGUAUGAUGGCUUCUAAAGCUAUGACGACCUACGUUGUAUAUAGGACUACGAUACCCACAUGUAGUUUCACAACUUCGUGCGCGGUAACGAACGGCCCUGUCUCGGCCUGCAGACGACGUGAGCUGGACAUUGACGCGAUUUUACCUAACAAACCAAUCAAAGUUGAAACGACCUCUGCUCCGGAAGAAUCCGCUUCGAGUUUUAUUCCGGAUAUUGUUAGUUCGAGUGAACCGAGGGAUGUGUUGGUUAACGGUCUCUUGCCUGGAGGAACUUGCGGGCCGUCUGCUGGCCCGUCUUUCGGUGUAACCAUCAUCUACACACGGACAAUCAUUUCUGAUUUCAUUUGUUUAGCGUCUGUUACCCACACGAACACGUUCACAGUGGCUGGUUGCACACCUUUGGGUCUCGUCUAUUGCAACCAAUUCUUUUAAUUAAAUUUAUUU